AGGAGUGGAAGUGGGGGUAGAAACAGAAGUUGGCUUCCGAUUGUUCUGGUGCAAUUUCAGCAGAGGUUGUGGUUCGGUUUUCUGCGCUUCCUACGUGUUUCAGAGUUCUCCCAUCAUGUAAGCCAUGGCUCUAAAAGGGCAAGAAGAUUACAUUUAUCUUUUCAAGGAUUCAUCGCAUCCAGCGGAUUUUCUGGAUGCAUUCAGAACAUUUUAUUUGGAUGGAUUAUUUACUGAUAUUACCCUUCAGUGCCCUUCAGGCAUAAUUUUCCAUUGCCACCGAGUCGUUUUAGCUGCCUGCAGCAAUUAUUUUAAGGCCAUGUUCACGGCUGACAUGAAAGAAAAAUUUAAAAGUAAAAUAAAACUGUUUGGCAUCCACCAUGAUAUUUUGGAAGGCCUUGUAAAUUAUGCAUAUACUUCCCAAAUUGAAAUAACUAAAAGAAAUGUACAAAGCCUUCUGGAAGCAGCCGACCUGCUGCAGUUUCUCUCGGUAAAGAAGGCCUGUGAGCAGUUUUUGGUCAGGCACCUGGAUAUUGAUAACUGCAUCGGGAUGCACUCCUUUGCAGAGUUUCAUGUGUGUUCAGAACUAGAGAAGGAGUCUCGGAGAAUUCUGUGCUCAAGGUUUAAGGAAGUAUGGCAACAAGAAGAGUUUCUGGAAAUCAGCCUUGAGAAGUUUCUCUUUAUCUUGUCCAGGAAGAACCUCAAUGUCUGGAAGGAAGAAGCCGUCAUAGAGCCCGUCAUUAAGUGGACAGCUCAUGAUGUGGAGAAUCGAAUUGAGUGCCUGUACAACCUACUAAGCUAUAUCAACAUAGACGUAGACCCAGUGUACUUAAAGACAGCGUUAGGCCUCCAAAGAAGCUGUCUACUAACUGAAAAUAAAAUACGCUCCCUAAUAUACAAUGCCUUGAAUCCCAUGCAUAAAGAGAUUUCCCAGAGGUCCACAGCCACCAUGUAUAUCAUUGGAGGCUAUUACUGGCAUCCUCUAUCAGAGGUCCACAUAUGGGAUCCUUUGACAAAUGUUUGGAUUCAGGGAGCAGAAAUACCCGAUUAUACCAGGGAGAGCUAUGGUGUUACAUGCUUGGGGCCCAACAUUUAUGUCACCGGAGGGUACAGGACAGAUAACAUAGAUGCUCUUGACACAGUGUGGAUCUAUAACAGUGAGGGUGACGAGUGGACAGAGGGCUUGCCGAUGCUCAAUGCCAGGUAUUACCACUGUGCAGUCACGUUGGGGGGCUGUGUCUAUGCCCUAGGUGGUUACAGAAAGGGGGCUCCGGCGGAAGAGGCCGAGUUCUACGAUCCACUGAAAGAGAAGUGGCUUCCUAUCGCAAACAUGAUCAAAGGUGUGGGAAAUGCUACUGCCUGUGUCCUACAUGAAGUCAUCUAUGUCAUUGGCGGCCACUGUGGCUACAGAGGAAGCUGCACCUAUGACAAGGUGCAGAGCUACAACUCAGACAUCAACGAGUGGAGCCUUAUCACUGCCAGUCCACACCCAGAAUAUGGACUGUGCUCAGUUCCAUUUGAAAACAAGCUCUACUUGGUUGGUGGACAAACUACAAUCACAGAGUGCUAUGACCCGGAACAAAAUGAGUGGAGAGAGACGGCGCCCAUGAUGGAGAGGAGGAUGGAGUGCGGGGCUGUCAUCAUGAAUGGGUGCAUCUAUGUCACCGGAGGGUACUCCUACUCAAAGGGGACGUAUCUCCAGAGUAUUGAGAAAUACGACCCAGAUCUUAAUAAGUGGGAAAUAGUGGGCAAUCUCCCGAGUGCGAUGCGUUCUCAUGGAUGCGUCUGUGUGUAUAAUGUCUGAUUGAGUCCACAGGACUAACCAGGUCAUCACUUGGGGCAUAGUAAAAAGAAUGCAGAGUUUGGGGUGGCUUGCCGUCAUUGUGGUUCGGCACAUGCUAGGCCAUUGGAGAUUUUUAAUUCUAACCUUGCACGACUCCCAGGUCCAGGGAUUAAUGGGAAUAACAUAAGAAAAAUGUUAUGUAUGUAUGUAUACAAUUCAGUUAAGAGAGCUAACCCCUUCUAGAGUCUCUGGAGUAUUUGACACGUGGUAAAGGCGAAAUACCUUUGUAGUGAAUCUUUCCUUCCUGGUAGCAUCAACACUGGGUAAAAGUCAAAAUCAUUCAUUCUAUGUAAUGAAAUGUCUGUUAAGAGCCUAUAAUAUAGCUGGGCAGUGGUGGCGCAUGCCUUUAAUCCCAGCCCUUGGGAGGCAGAGGCAG